GCGCUGCGGCGGGAGGCGGCGGGCCGGGCGGGAGGUGUGUGCGCGCGUGUGCCGCGCCGUGGGGAGCCGCGGGUCGCGCCGCCGGCUGUCAGCUAGCUCCGCGCAGCCGCCCGAUGGCGCGAGGAGGCUCGCGGGACCGGCCGCGGGGGGCUGGCCGCGAGUGAGUCCUUCUGCCUGUCGCCGGAGAGCAUGUCACCUCCAGCCUCCGCGUCAGCCUUCUCCAGCCGUCCCCGCGUCCCCGCCUCCUGCAGCCGCAGUCGCAGCCGCUACCUUCAGCAUUGGCCUCCGGCCCCCUCCCCAGAUCCCCCCAGACCCUAGCGCCGGGGGAGCAUGGCUGGCCAGGGGGACUGCUGCGUCAAGGUGGCCGUCAGGAUCCGGCCCCAACUGUCAAAGGAGAAGAUUGAGGGCUGUCACAUCUGUACCUCUGUCACCCCAGGGGAGCCUCAGGUCCUGCUGGGGAAGGACAAGGCCUUCACCUAUGACUUUGUCUUCGACUUGGACACGUGGCAGGAACAGAUCUAUACAACGUGUGUGAACAAGCUCAUUGAGGGCUGCUUCGAGGGCUACAAUGCCACAGUGUUGGCCUACGGGCAGACAGGGGCUGGGAAAACGUACACUAUGGGCACUGGCUUUGACAUGACGACAUCAGAGGAGGAGCAGGGUAUCAUUCCGAGAGCCAUCGCACACCUCUUCGGGGGCAUCGCUGAGCGCAAACGGCGGGCACAGGAGCAGGGCAUAGCUGGGCCUGAGUUCAAAGUCAGCGCUCAGUUCUUGGAGCUCUACAAUGAGGAGAUCCUUGACCUGUUUGAUAGCACUCGUGACACUGACACCCGCCACCGCAGGUCCAACAUCAAGAUCCAUGAAGAUGCCAAUGGUGGCAUCUACACCACAGGUGUCACUUCUCGCCUCAUCAACUCCCAGGAAGAGCUGAUCCAGUGCCUGAAGCAAGGCGCCCUGUCUCGCACCACGGCCAGCACCCAGAUGAAUGUACAGAGCUCCCGCUCCCAUGCCAUCUUCACCAUCCACCUGUGCCAGAUGCGCUUGUGUGCCCAGCCCGACCUGGUGAACGAGGCAGUGACCAGGCUUCCAGAGGGCACAGCUCCUACAAGCGAGUAUGAGACUCUCACGGCUAAGUUUCACUUUGUGGACCUGGCUGGCUCAGAACGCUUGAAGCGGACAGGUGCCACCGGCGAGCGAGCCAAGGAAGGCAUUUCCAUCAACUGUGGCCUGCUGGCCUUGGGCAAUGUCAUCAGCGCCCUGGGAGACCAGAGCAAGAAGGUGGUACAUGUGCCCUACAGGGACUCCAAGCUUACUCGGCUUCUCCAGGACUCGCUGGGGGGCAACAGCCAGACCAUUAUGAUUGCCUGCGUGAGCCCCUCAGAUCGGGACUUCAUGGAGACACUCAACACACUUAAAUAUGCCAAUCGGGCUCGAAACAUCAAGAACAAGGUAGUGGUGAACCAGGACAAGACCAGCCAGCAGAUCAGUGCGCUGCGGGCCGAGAUCGCACGCCUGCAAAUGGAGCUGAUGGAGUACAAGGCGGGCAAGCGGGUGAUCGGGGAGGACGGCGCCGAGGGCUACAGUGACCUGUACCGGGAGAACGCCAUGCUGCAGAAGGAGAACGGGGCACUGCGGCUGCGAGUGAAGGCCAUGCAGGAGGCCAUCGAUGCCAUCAACAACCGUGUCACUCAUCUCAUGAGCCAGGAGGCCAACUUGCUUCUGGCCAAGGCUGGUGAUGGCAAUGAGGCUAUUGGCGCUCUGAUUCAGAACUACAUCCGGGAGAUUGAGGAGCUUCGGACGAAGCUCCUGGAGAGCGAGGCCAUGAAUGAGUCCCUGCGGCGCAGCCUGUCCCGGGCCUCGGCUCGGGGCCCCUACUCCCUGGGUUCAUCUCCAGCUGGCCCGGGGUUUGGAGGCAGCCCAGCCAGCUCCAUGGAGGACGCGUCUGAGGUGAUCCGCAGGGCCAGGCAGGACCUAGAGCGGCUAAAGAAGAAGGAGAUCAGGCAGCGGAGGAAGAGCAGCCCAGAGAAGGAAGCUUUCAAAAAGAGGGCAAAACUCCAACAGGAAAACAGUGAGGAGACUGACGAGAACGAGGCUGAGGAGGAGGAGGAGGAGCGAGAUGAGAGUGGCUGCGAGGAGGAGGAAGGGCGUGAGGAUGAAGACGAGGACUCGGGCAGCGAGGAGAGCCUGGUAGACUCCGACUCUGACCCGGAGGAGAAGGAGGUGAACUUCCAGGCAGACCUGGCAGACCUGACCUGUGAGAUUGAGAUCAAACAGAAGCUGAUUGAUGAGCUAGAGAACAGCCAGCGGCGGCUGCAGACGCUCAAACACCAGUAUGAGGAGAAGCUGAUCCUGCUGCAGAACAAGAUCCGUGAUACACAGCUGGAGCGCGACCGAGUGCUACAGAACCUCAGUACCAUGGAAUGCUACACGGAGGAGAAGGCCAACAAGAUCAAGGCCGAUUAUGAAAAGAAGCUGCGAGAGAUGAACCGGGACUUGCAGAAGCUACAGGCUGCACAGAAGGAGCAUGCCCGCCUGCUCAAGAACCAGUCACGCUACGAGAGGGAGCUGAAGAAGCUACAGGCUGAGGUGGCUGAGAUGAAGAAGGCCAAGGUUGCCCUGAUGAAGCAGAUGCGGGAGGAGCAGCAGCGGAGGCGGCUGGUGGAGACCAAAAGGAACCGAGAGAUUGCUCAGCUCAAGAAGGAACAGCGGCGACAAGAGUUUCAGAUCCGGGCCCUUGAGUCUCAGAAACGGCAACAGGAAAUUGUCCUGAGGAGGAAAACCCAGGAGGUUUCUGCACUGAGGCGCCUGGCCAAGCCCAUGUCUGAGCGGGUGGCAGGGCGUUCAGGACUGAAGCCACCUAUGCAGGACUCAGGGGCUGAAGUGUCGGCCAGCACCACCUCAUCUGAGGCUGAGUCGGGGGCCCGCUCCGUCUCCAGUAUUGUGCGCCAGUGGAAUCACAAAAUCAACCACUUCAUGGGGGACCACCCGGCCAACACAGUCAAUGGCACCCGCCCGGUCAGAAAGAAGUUUCAGAAGAAGGGGGCCAGCCAGAGCUUCAGCAAGGCUGCAAGACUCAAGUGGCAAUCACUGGAGAGGCGGAUCAUUGAUAUUGUCAUGCAGAGGAUGACCAUCGUCAACCUGGAGGCUGACAUGGAGCGGCUCAUCAAGAAAAGGGAGGAGCUGUUCCUCCUGCAGGAGGCGCUGCGAAAGAAACGUGAGCGACUACAGGCUGAGAGCCCAGAGGAGGAGAAGGGGCUGCAGGAGCUGGCCGAGGAGAUGGAGGUGCUGGCAGCCAAUAUUGACUACAUCAAUGAUAGCAUCACUGACUGCCAGGCCACCAUUGUGCAGCUGGAGGAGACCAAGGAGGAGCUGGACUCCACAGACACAUCAGUGGUCAUCAGCUCCUGCUCUCUGGCAGAAGCUCGCCUCCUGCUGGACAACUUCCUCAAGGCGUCCAUCGACAAGGGGCUGCAGGUAGCCCAGAAGGAGGCCCAGAUUCGGCUCCUAGAGGGACGACUGAGGCAGACGGACAUGGCGGGGUCCUCCCAGAACCACCUGCUCCUAGAUGCCCUGAGGGAGAAGGCCGAGGCACACCCUGAGCUGCAGGCCCUCAUCUACAAUGUGCAGCAGGAGAAUGGCUAUGCCAGCACUGACGAGGAAGUCUCAGAGUUCUCUGAGGGCAGCUUCUCCCAGUCAUUCACCAUGAAAGGCUCCACCAGCCAUGAUGACUUCAAGUUCAAGGGGGAGCCCAAGCUGUCUGCCCAAAUGAAGGCUGUCUCAGCUGAGUGCCUGGGACCCCCAUUGGAUAUCUCUACCAAGAACAUCACCAAGUCCCUGGCCUCCCUUGUCGAAAUCAAAGAGGAUGGAGUGGGCUUCUCCAUCCGCGAUUCCUACUACCGUGACAAGGUCUCCCGCACUGUCAGCCUGCCCACCCGGGGCAGCACUUUCCCCCGGCAGUCUCGAGGCUCAGAGACAUCCCCUCUGACCCGGAGGAAGUCAUAUGACCGAGGGCAACCUAUCAGGUCCACAGACGUGGGAUUCACACCUCCCUCAUCCCCUCCCACUCGGCCUCGCAAUGACCGCAAUGUCUUCUCUCGCCUUACCAGUAAUCAGAGCCAGGGGUCAGCACUGGACAAGUCUGAUGACAGCGACUCCUCUUUGUCGGAGGUCCUGAGGGGCAUCAUUACCCCGGUUGGAGGAGUGAAGGGUGCUCGAACAGCCCCACUGCAGUGCGUCUCCAUGGCCGAGGGCCACACCAAGCCCAUCCUCUGCCUGGAUGCCACAGACGAGUUGCUUUUCACAGGAUCCAAAGACCGCAGCUGCAAGAUGUGGAACUUGGUGACUGGGCAGGAGAUCGCAGCUCUCAAAGGCCACCCCAACAAUGUGGUCUCCAUCAAGUACUGCAGCCACUCAGGACUCGUGUUCUCCGUGUCCACCUCCUACAUCAAGGUGUGGGACAUUCGGGACUCAGCCAAGUGCAUUCGGACACUCAUGUCUUCGGGCCAGGUCAUUUCAGGUGAUGCCUGUGCUGCCACCUCCACGCGGGCCAUCACCAGUGCCCAGGGGGAGCACCAGAUCAACCAGAUCGCCCUCAGCCCCUCGGGCACCAUGCUGUACGUUGCCGCCGGCAAUGCUGUCCGCAUCUGGGAGCUCAACAGGUUCCAGCCCAUUGGCAAGCUGACUGGUCACAUUGGCCCUGUGAUGUGCCUGACAGUCACCCAGACUGCCAACCAGCAUGACCUUGUGGUGACUGGUUCCAAGGACCACUACGUUAAGAUGUUCCAGCUGGGGGAGUGUGUGACAGGCACCAUCGGCCCCACCCACAACUUUGAGCCCCCGCACUACGACGGCAUCGAGUGCCUGGCCAUCCAAGGAGACAUCCUGUUCAGUGGCUCCCGGGACAAUGGCAUCAAAAAGUGGGACCUGGAGCAGCAGGAGCUCAUCCAGCAAAUCCCCAAUGCGCACAAGGACUGGGUGUGUGCCCUGGCCUUCGUCCCCGGCCGCCCCAUGUUACUGAGUGCCUGCCGCGCGGGUGUUAUCAAAGUCUGGAACGUGGACAACUUCACACCCAUUGGGGAGAUCAAGGGCCACGACAGCCCCAUCAAUGCCAUUUGUACCAACUCCAAGCACAUCUUCACAGCCUCCAGUGACUGCCGGGUAAAGUUGUGGAAUUACGUCCCUGGACUCACCCCCUGCCUUCCUCGCCGGGUCCUGGCCAUAAAGGGCCGCGCCAUCACCAUGCCCUGACCCCCCCCCCAUCGUCCCCCAUCUCUCUCUUUCUUCCCUUCUUUCCUUUUCCCUGUCUAUCCCCACUUCGAUCUGAGCUGCUUCUUGACGUGACCUGACGGUGAAGUUUUGGAGCAUACGGCGGUUACCGGAGGCCCAUCCUCGGAGUUAGGUCAGAGGGGUGCCUGGACCCUCUGCCCCAGCACCCAUACAGUGCGGAAAGGAGCUGUGGCCAACCAGAUGGGGAGCUGCACAGGGACAGAGGGUGUGGCCCUCUCCCGCUCCUUGGACUUGCCACAGUGUCCUGUUCCCUCUAUUCUUCCACUGCCUCUUGGGAGCCUCUUGGUGAGAGAGAGGUUGGGGAGGAGUUAAGCUGUGAAGCCAAAGGCAUUGGCCCCUCUUUUCUCUCCCCAGCCACUCCCUGGCCUCCCCUCCAGCCAGCCAUGGUAUUUCUUGCUGAGCCGGCCUUGCCCUGUCUUCCCCACUGUCGUCCCAGGGCAAGGCCCCAUAGGAAGGUAAAGUAGCCCCAGCCCCAUGGUGCCCCUCUGAUGAGCUGGCCUCCCCCAAAGCCCACAGCCCAAUUUCUGGAGCCACUGCCCUGCCUCUGACCCAACAAGGUAGUCCUCAGGUAACCAUGGAGACCAGGUAUGGAUCAGCUUGCAACUGAGCCUGAACCCUGUGUCCACCAACAGCUGACAGCAGUAGGCCCCAGCCUUUCCUUGGUGGCUCUUUCCACUAGGGCCAUGGAAGAGCUAUGGAAUGACCCCUUUCAGGAGAUGGUCGGGAAUUCUUCAGUUAUUUAUUAUUAUUAUUUUUUCCUAUUGCCUCCUGGAAACUGACUUGAAGUUUCUUCCCACACCGUCUGUCCCUCAGCUCUUAGGGGGUCUGCUCCCAUGGCGCUCUGUAGAGGAGGGAAAUACCUGCUUCUACUCUUUCCAGCUCCAGCCUAGCCCCAAAUGUGCCCCCGACUGGGGACCCUUCUAGUGUGCCCCUGGCAACUAGGCUGCCUGAUGCUUCAGUGCCUUCCUCGGCCCAGGCCUGGCCCCUUGCUGGGCAGCCUUACACCAGCCAUGCCCUCGGUACCACCUGUAUCUUCUCACAGAUCUCUUGCCCUCUACCCCUGGGAGAAGGGCAUGCUCCCCCGGCAGCCCGGGACCAGGAGCCCCACCCCCCAGAGUCUCAUGCGGUCAUGGUCAUGUAGGAAGCAGCUUAGUGGAUUGUCUGGUAGGAAGCUCCUGCCACAGGUGGGAAGGCGCUUGUUUUCAUCGUCCGCUGAGACAGGGAGUCUAGUCAGCUUUCUUCCUGGGCCUAUUCAGGAGACACAUUUUUAAGCCUUAAACCCAGCAUAGUGCAUGGCUCAUCCUUUUAGAUUGGUGAGGAGGCAGUUGUUGGUUCUUGGAGCUUCCUUUUCCCCUGGGACUGUGCCCUCACAGCUCCAGGCAUGGGGCUGAAUCGGUGUUCGGGCGUCCCUUGUUGGAACUAUGCUGGAUUUACAGCAGUGGGUCGGGAGGGGCGGGCUCCAUCCCUCAUCCCAGAUUUUCCCCCAAGCGUGUCCACACUGGUCUUGUGCUUCUCGGCCUCAGUCUGAGAGCUAGGAAUCCCUGCCUUGUUCAGAGGACAUGUUGACUUUCGAAUUUCCCAGCAGUGGCGUCGUCUCUGUUCUCGGCUCCUUUUUUGUGUGGCCAGGGCCUUGGAGCCUGCACUGGCAUGGAAGGAUCAGGCCCAGUGAAGGCUGUGAGGGGCUGCUCCCUCCUUGGCACUACCCUAGAGGCUGAAGAGGCUGUAUUGCCUGUGUGUGGCCCCUGCCAGGUGUGACAUUAGGUCUGGUGAGCCAACGUGGGACAACUUGCCUCAAAUGCUGGUCUUCUGGAACCAGAGUGGUCUGUCUGCUCUGACUGCAAAUCCUUCUUCCUCUGGCUGCUCCAGGUUUGCUGGGCAACUCCCUUUGUGCUCAGAAAUGACCACCAGUCUCCUAUCCUGCCCCAUCCAGCCCUCCUUACCUGAGUGGAAAGCUUUGACUUUGUACCCUGUAAGAAUGACCCCGUCUGCAUGACUGUUUACAAACUACAGAAACACGUGAGACUUGUGUCCACCUGCCCGCCCCCAUGGGCUGGGGGUGUCCCAGCCUGGGGUAACUAUACUGUAGCUUCAAGGCCUGUUCUUGCACAAAGUGUGGUCUUAUGGCUGCGAGAGGUGCUCAUCGCUGUCUGUGUCUCUGAUGGGUCACUACCUCACGGCAGGGCUGGCUCCCCUGUCCCGGCAAGUAUCAUUGACUCUAAACUUGAAGUCCUUCGGGAUCCCUGAGCCGAUCACCCCUGAGCUGCUCUAAGCUGUGCUGCACAAACACUGGGAUCUCUGCCCAUGCUUUUGGGAACAUCCAAGGUACUUAGGAAGGGGCACAGCUCCACCUCUUGCACAGGCACCCUGAUUGUUGGAAGCACAAACCAGUUAUGAUCUGAGCACAGUGGCAGGGCUCUCAGCAGGCACUGUGGCCAAAUUGGGAGCCAGGAGGCUCCUCAAAGGUUGGCCAGGACCCAAGUUAGGUAAGGAUGCAUAUAGGGAUAGAUAGCUGUCCUUGCUCAGAACAAGGCUGGGCCUAAUUCUGGGGCUUUUCAUGUUACAUUGUGUCCCCAUCCUGAGACUUGAGGUCCAGGUCAUAUCCGUGUGCUAUGGCCCCCGGGAGCAGGACACACUCUAGCCCGUACUCCCUAGUCUUUCAAUGCCUGAGUGCAGGCUGAUGCCAGCCCUGCUGAACCUGCAGAGUAUGGACUUAGACUGUCUCCUGAGCCAGGUCCCGUCCCUGUUUUUGAAGCUAGCUGACUUCCACAGCCCUUCAGCUUUUCAGCACAGUCCUACACCAAGGCCUCAUUCUCAGUAUUAGCCAGGUCAGUGUUUGCUUUUAACCGAGGCACUUGGCUCCUCAAGGACAGGCAGAAUCUCCCGAGGCUGCACCUGGAGCCACAGGAGGUUUCUAAGGAGGGAGGGGAGGAAAGAGCACAGGGUACACAGUCAAGCCUUGUGCUGGUCAGGGUGCCACCACUAGCUGCUUGGGGACAGCUGUGGCUUGCUCACCCAGCUGAAGCUUUGGAAACUCUUUCCCUCUCUUGUCCAGCCCUGCUGCCUGAGUCGGGCUGUGUGGCUUGGCCACAAGGCAGUUUAAAGCACAAAACCCCCGUGGUGAAGAGAUAGUCUUCACUCACCACCUAAUGACGGGCAGGCGGCUGCUGUGAAGUCAGGGGACAUGAUGUCCCUUAGCCCUGCCCAACUCUUCUCCCAACUCUUGUGGUCCACCCCAAUUGGAAUCUGGGCUGGGCACAGGCACACCCCUGAGCUGCUCAGACCAUGCCCAGGCCUGGUGUGUUUGUGGGCAGGGCCUGCCUAGCAGGAGCAGUGAAUUCCUUUCCACUGUGAAGCCCAAGCUUGUGGCAUUGUCCCUUUGCCAUCUCAAACAGGAAAUUGCUCGCUGCUUGCUUUGUUGGGCACAGCCUCUUCCUGGUUGAUGGCCAGUGCCCCUCACUGAGCCUGGCUCCCAGAUCUUCAUUUCUUGCAGAGUAGACUCUGCGGGGAAAGUUGUUUCUUUGGCAUCUGUGCUGUGUCCCCUAUGCCCACCCUCUACCUCCGCACUCAGAUAACCCGCAAGCCCUCGUGCACCCCAGUUUAGUACUUCAACUGUAUGUCCCAAGGCCCUGGCCAAGAAGUAGGGAGUAGGAACUACUUGAUGUAGAUGGUCAGAAGACCCCUGAGGAGCGAGGCCCUGCCUGUCCACCAGCUCUUUUCUAGCCAUCGCCCCUUGCCCAGGCUCGUGUGCCCCUCUGAGAUAUGGCUAGCACAAGGUGUAUAUAAGUUUUGUACCCCUGAUGAUGACUGUACAUAGUGUAUGAAAGUUAUUUAAGCCUCUUGCUGUACAUUUCUGUUCCUAGAUUGAAUGUGUGUGUUCUAAGAAGUUGUCAUAAAUAAAACCUGAAUGACUGUUGUCUGUGGA